AUGCCGUCUACCAAACGACGGCUGCUGUCCGACACGGCCGAUUCCGACUGCAUCCCCAACAAGCGGCAGCGCACGGCUCCCCCUCGCAGCACGACACCACCACAAUCCGCGUCCGCUUCCCGAGACCUUUUCGCCCGCCUGUCCGACGAGAUCUUCAUCCGCAUCCUGUCCUACAUGAAUCCGCGCGCGCUCCUCGACAUCAGCCUCGUCUCGAAGCGCUUCCACGCCGUGGCGUCCGACUCCCAGCUCUGGCGGCCGCACUACUACCACCGCUUCGUGCAGCCGCGCGUGCAGCUCAUACCGGGCUUCAAGACACGCGAGGCCUCGGACGCGAAGCGCUCUGCCCCGCGGAGCGACGCCGCCACGUGGCGCAAGCCCGCGUCCACCAAGCGCUGGAACGCCGCGCGGGAGCAGGUCGUCGACUUUGUGGACUGGAAGAAGCAGUACCGUCUGCGCCAUAACUGGGCGGGCGGCCGCUGCGCCGUGGAGCAGGUCGAGGUCCGCGCCUUGGACGACAAGAUGGCCGCCGUCGCGCCGCCCGAGUGGCAGACGCUCGUCAAGGUGGUCGAGGGCAUUGCCGUCACGGCAGACGCCGUAUCCGGCCUGCGCGCCUGGGAUCUGCGCACGAGACAGACCAUUGCGCAGGCCUCGUUAAAGGCAGAACUCUCAACGCGACUGCGGCCAACUUGCCUGGCUGUGGACGAUGCUCGCCUCGGCAGGGGCCAGGUUGAUGUCGCGGUGGGGUUCGAGGAUGGCACUUCUGGCGUUUGGCGGCUCGACGCUCAUCGAAACACCAUGAGGUUACUCUUUCGCCAGGAAAAAGGCUUCUUGGGCAGCCUGCUUUCCAUUGCCUACGGAUACCCCUAUUUACUCACGGCUACAAAGCUGGGCUUUAUUGCCUUGUAUACUUUUAAUAACCUCACCACCGAGAACAUCUCUGAAGCUGGCGACGACACCGACAACGAAGCUGCGCCGGAAGCAGCUACACAAUCCCCUGACGAUGCAGAUGACGAACACGUUACACUACCACCCCCUUAUCUCCUCACAUCUCUCAAGUCUCAUAACACAGAAGGGCCACUCUCCCUAUCUUUACGAAAGAAUGCAUCCUCAGUCGUCGCAUCAAUAGCAUAUACAUUCAACACCGUGGGUGGCUGGUCCAUUGGCAUCCAAGAUCUCGACAUCCGACCAUCAGGCGCAGUAACCUCCCGGGUCGCCACAUCUUUACCAACUAGGCUCGGAUCUAGCUGCCCUUCACCGUCAUCUUCUCCACUGCAGCCCAUCAGCUAUCUCUUCGAUACUGCCGACGACGAAACGGGGCCGGUCAAGCUUCGCUAUAGCCACCCGUACCUCCUUGCCACGCUACCAGACAACACGCUGGUCCUCCACCUAUGCACAGCGACACCCACAUCCCUCACGAUAUCGUCUGGCGUGCGUCUAUGGGGGCACACUUCGGGAAUAUCAGACGCCGAGAUUACGCCGCGCGGUAAAGCCGUCAGCGUCAGUACUCGGGGCGACGAGAUCCGCCUCUGGGACCUGGAAGGCCGUUGUAACGCUCGUAGUGUUGCUGUCAGGCCGCGACGGCGAGAAGGCAACGAUACUGGCUCGUCAACGGACCAAAGUCCGGCUGGAAGUGCGCCGCGGACGCCAACACGCAUGAACAUGGAUGAUGAACGACGAAACUGGGUGGGCUUUGACGACGAGGUGGUCUUGGUCUUGAAGGAGGCGAUCAACGGACGCGAUAGUCUGACGCUUUACGAUUUCACGUGA